AUGACACUGGAUCGUAUUGAAUCACCAAAGGCUAAGAAAAAGUUAUCGCUGGGAGUUGGCGGUGCAUUUGUUGAACUACCAGCAGAACGCACUGGUUGGGCUAAUAAAACAGAGUUUAUUUUAUCUUGCAUUGGGUAUGCCAUUGGAAUUGGAAAUGUUUGGCGGUUUCCCUUCUUUGUUUACCGUAAUGGCAGAGGCGCAUUUCUGAUAGCAUUUAUAUUGAUGCUGAUAACAAUGGGCCUGCCAAUCUUCUUCAUGGAGCUCUGCAUUGGUCAGUACACAGGAGUAGGUCCAAUGGAAGCUUACCGUCGUAUGUCACCAGCAUUCGGGGGUCUCGGGAUUUGCACCCUCGUGGUAAUUGGAUUAGUAACUGUCUAUUACAUGGUGAUAAUAGCUUGGACACUGUUUUACACUUUUGCCUCAUUUUCAAGUAAACUCGCUUGGGCAUACUGUGACAAUGGCUUCAAUACUGAAAAUUGUUACAGUGGAUUGGAGGAUAAACAGUGUCAGGAUACUAAUUCAACUACAAUAUUUUUUAAUAAAACCUGCCAAUUAAUAACAAAAGUUUGCUAUAAUUUUGGAUAUGAUAAAGGAAACAAAAGUUACUGCUUUAACGAGACACACCAGAAACCAAUUCGUAAAUUGUACGACAGUGUACUCUCAUCUGAGGAAUAUUUUAGCGAUUACGUACUCGGAAUACGAGGCGCUACUUGGGAUAAUUGGGGCGGCAUAAGAUGGGAGCUCUUGGGUUGUCUCACUCUUGCCUGGAUUAUUUGUUACCUCUGUUUAAUAAGAGGCGUUCAAUCCGUCGGGAAGAUUGUAUACUUUACUGCAUUGUUUCCGUACUUUGUAUUGAUCGCACUUUUAAUUCGAGGUUUAACUCUUGAUGGUGCUGAAUAUGGUAUAAAAUGGUUUAUCACACCGGUCUGGCCAACACUGUUUGAUGCAAAAGUUUGGGGUGAUGCUGCAUCACAAAUCUUCUAUUCCCUGGGCAUUGGUUGCGGAUCUCUGAUCACGAUAUCGAGCUUCAGUACGUUUUCGAAUAAUUGCCACAGAGACGCGAUAUUUAUAACAUUUACAAAUUUAUUCACCUCAAUAUUUGCGGGUAUUGUUAUAUUUUCAAUAAUGGGAUAUUUGGCAAAACAAAUGGAUUUACCAUUGGAGGAUGUCGUUAAGAGUGGGCCAGCUUUAGCAUUCAUAGCCUAUCCAGAAGCAGUUGUACGAAUGCCACUCUCAAAUCUCUGGGCUAUUUUAUUUUUUUUUAUGCUGUUUAUUCUCGGUCUUGGCAGCCAGUUUGCAGGGGUUCAAGCGAUAAACACCGCUAUUCUCGAUGUACGACCGAGUUUACGAAAACACGAGAGCUUGGUGAUACUUGUAAUAUGCGUAUGUGGAUGGAUUUUGGCAUUACCAAUGAUAUUCGACGGCGGAGUAUAUCUUAAUACGCUGAUGGAUUGGAAUACAGCGUCCUGGGCAAUACUGUUAAUUGGAUUGCUGGAGGUCGCUCGAAAUUGGAAUUUAUUUAGAUUAACAGAGACAUGGGGGCCGUCAAAAAAAACAUCAUGGUAG